AUGGCAGGAGGAAAUCAAACCAACAGCUCUGAGUUCCUCCUCUGGGGACUCUCAGAGUGGCCAGAGCAGAAGCACAUCCUCUUCCUGAUUUUCCUGUGCCUGUAUGUGAUCACUGUGGCUGGGAAACUGCUCGUUGUCUUGGCCAUUGGUGCUGACACACAAAUCCACACCCCUGUGUACUUCUUCCUCACCAGCCUUUCAUGUGCAGACAUCCUGUUCACCUCCAUCACUGUGCCCAAGGCCCUGUUGAACAUCCACACCAAGAGGAAGUCCAUCUCCUAUGCAGGAUGCUUGGCCCAGCUCUACUUCUUCUUAGCUUUGAGGGACAUGGACAUCUUUCUCCUGGCCACAGUGGCCUAUGGCCACUUCAUUGUUAUUUGCCACCCUCUCCCCUAUGCAGUGAUCAUGAACUUCCAGCACUGCACGUUCAUCAUGAUUGCCUGCUGGACCUUCACUAGUUAUGUGGCUAUGACCCACACCUUCCUCAUAUUCUGGCUUUCCUUCUGCUCUAAGAAGACUAUUCCUGAUUUCCUCCAUGACCUAGGACACUUGAUAAAGAUCUCUUGCUCUGAUAUUCAGGUCAAUAAACUUGUACUUCUCUUCUUGUGGGGGACAGUUAUUUUAAUCCCUUUCUUGCUCAUCCAGGUCUCUUAUAUCCAGAUUGUGUCAGCUAUCCUUAGAUUUCCCUCUGCCCAGGGAAGGCUCAAGGCUUUCUCUGCCUGUGGUUCACACCUCUCUGUGGUUGCCCUGUUCUUUGGGACAGUGAUCAGGGCUUAUCUGUGCCCCUCAUCCUCUUCCUCUAACCCCCUGGUGGAGGACACAGCAGCUGUGAUCACAUACACAGUAGUGACUUCUAUGCUGAACCCCUUCAGUUAUAGCCUGAGGAACAAGAACAUGAAGGCAGCACUGGUCAGACUUCUCAGGGUCAAAGUCUCCUUCUUGAGGGGCCAGUGA